AGGAUUAAUUAAAGGCUAAUUAUUUAACUUAGCUUAAUGAUGAUAUUAGUUAUAAGUCGUUUUUUUUUUUUUUUGUUAAAUAUAUUUGGGGGUUUAAAGAAAAAGAAUGAAAAUUGCCAUAUGUAUAUUGUCAUAUGGUAUUUAUUUACUUACCUUUAGUAUUAAUAGUUGAUUUUAUUAUAAGAGAAUAUAAGUCUCAUCUUUCUUGUCUUUCCCGUGUCAUCUCUUCUCAAAGACACAUCUUCAAGCAAAUUUUCAUCGUGUCAAAUCGAGCAAGCUUCCAAUUUGAGUGGUAAAUUCUUCUAUCAAAUAUCUUCAGUUUAAUUACCCAAAUUCUUCUAUAAUCUCACCUAAGCUCAGUUUCCAUGCUCGUGCUCUUACCCUUCUUCUUCGUUCUUUGAUGUUGAAGAACCCCGAAUUAAAACUCAUGUGUUUUCUUUCUCUUUUGUAUCACGAGUUUCUGUCCAGCCACAUAUCUUAAUCAUGUGGUCCGAUUUUGGCCAAAGUAUCAAGAUCAAUGUUGUAGAUCUCAAAAAGUUAAUGAAUUUCGACCCAAAAAUCACUGAAUUUGGAGUUGUGAGCUAGAAGAUAUGCUAUUUGGAAGUUCUACACUGGUUCUGUAUUUUGUCGUGUUGCUGCUGCUUUGCUCCGUGAUUGUUGCUCUGUUUUCUCUGCCUGAUUGCUUUGAUUGCUGCUGCCCUCCUCCUCUAAGUGUUGUUGCAUGUGGUUAUCUUCCUUUUCUUUUGUUUCAAAGAAACACCAAAAAGCCAGAAUUGGGUUCACUUUGCAAGUUUAAAAUAGGGCUUUGCCAGCUUUCUGUGACAGCGGAUAAAGCAAGGAACAUUGAUCAUGCUAGAAAGGCUAUUGAGGAUGCUGCUCAAAAGGGUGCCAAGCUAGUUGUUUUGCCUGUUACAAAUUAUGAAGAACAAGAUGAGAGGCCUUAUGAAGGAGCUCCUGUUUCGAAAUUUCAGCAAUACAUUAGACUGAAAAGAGAAGAUAUGAUGCCAUUUAACGGGUCAGCUGAAGUUGCAUUAGAUUGUGCUCUUUAUGAUCAUCGCCCUUUGCAAUUGAACAAAGAUGACUAUCAAAGAGUCUGUCAGAUUCCAAAAAAGAAGGCUCAGAAGCAUAUUUUCUUGCAGAACUAAUCUUAA